AUGAUCGUUACAAACAGGAGAGCUGAACUAUCCAGUGAGGCAGGAUUCUCCAGCAAUUAUUUACCUUCUCUUCAGAGCCAGGAAAAUGAGGAAUCACAGCAAAAGGAAGUGACAACAGUCAACACUCAGACAAUCUGGAUUUCAUGGAACACCCCAGGCCAUUCGGAGACAGAACUUGUGACAGGAUUUCUGGAAGAGGCGGAGGCGGAGGCAGAGGCGGAGGAGGAGGAGUCACCAGAGAUUUUUAGUACCUCUAAGGACGUGGAUGUUACUCCCGAGGAAAAGCAGACACCGAGUCAGAGGCCUGAGAUGGAAGAUCACGUGACUGAAGCCUUGGAAUCUGAAGAUGCUCAAAGACUAUAUUAUGAACAGGGUCUGCGUGUUUCUGGUGAAGCGCUCAUUUUGCAAUGCAAAAUAAACAAAUCUCUGAUCUCUCCAGGGGGCCGUGGAACUAGAAGCACUCAAUUUGACACACACAGCACAAGCAGCAGUUACCAUGAAAGCUGGGAUACAAGAACUGGAUACACAGAAAGAGAUCGAUAUGAUCGAGACCAAAGCAGGGAUGCUUCCUUUGAUAGGCGUGGUCAUACAGAAAGGGAUAGGCGUGAAAAUAGAGAUCGCGAAAGAGACCACACAGCUAGUUCUGCCACACGGCAUCCGGGACGAACUGAUGAUCAUGACCAUGAGGACAAAAAGGAUGAGAGGAGAUCAGAUCGAGAAGAGAGGAGGGAUGACAGGCUAAGGGAAAGAGAGCGAGAAAGGGAUCGUGACAAAGAUCGCGAUAGAGACAGAGAGCGAGAAAAGGAAAGAGAGUUAGAUCGAGAGCGGGAACGGGAAAGAACCCGUGAACGAGAUCGAGAGAAAGAGCGAGAGAAAGAACGGGAGCGAGACAGGGGUAAGGAGAGAGAGCGAGAACGGGAAAGGGACAGGGAGAGAGAUAGAGAAAGGGACAGAGAGAAGGAGAGAGAGAGGGUUAAAGAUAGGGACCGGGAAAAGGAGAAGCAAAAAGACUGGGAUGAGAAAGAUAAAGGAAGAGAUGAACGUAAAGAUAAAAAGGAUGAUCAGCGAGAAGACCGAGAUUUGCGGGAAGGUCAUGGAGAAAGAAAAACAAGGAAACGACCUCGAACAGAAAGCAGCCUCAGUCCGUUGGCAAAGCGUGUCCGUGAAGAAUCUCCGGAUAGUGACACUUACAACAGUAGUGAUGAAAAAAGUGAGAAGCACCGGUUGUUGAGUCAGGUUGUGCGCCCACAGGAUUUCCGGGCCCUCAGUCCGUCCCGUGCAGUCGAAGACAGAACAAGCAGCUGGAAAGAGGAUGACAGGAAGUCAGACAAAAAGGAAAGCGCAAGGCGGCGGGAAGACCAUUCCGUGAGAGAACGGGUUUCUUCAGGCGACAAGCAAAGGGAGCAUGUUGCAGAUACUGUCGAGAGCUCACGAGGCAGAGAGUCAGACAGCACUGCUCACCAUGCUGCUGAGGAUAGAGAGGUACUUCUCGGACUACACGAAUAUGGUAAGAAAAAGACUAAAGGGCCACGGAAAUUUCAGAAGAGAAACAGGAGGGAUGAAGAUUAUCUAUCUGACAAAUAUGUUCCGGAGCCUGUGGUGGAGGAACCUUUAGUUUUGUCACCUAGGAAACCUCCGAAGAAGAAAAACACCGAUAAGAAGCGAAAGCGCUCAAAAGGUGAUUCAGAGCCUUCCGAUGAGGAAGUGGUUUCACAGGCCAAAAAGUGGAAGGGGCCCAGGACUCCACCUGUAACGCUAAAGGAAGAAUCUGUAGAAGAAGUGUCUGAAAAGAGUGUUGAAGGAAAUGCACAUGGAGCAGGGGAUGUGGUCUUCAGCGACUGGUCAGAUGAAGACGUGCCAGACCGCGAUGAAAGUAUCAUUUCUGACAAGAGCAUUGAUGAAACUCGAAGGAAAAGUCAUAGAAGUAAGGUGGAGAAAGUGGAGCUCCCUGCCGUGGCAGACGACCGUACGCGUAAAACCGAUGAGCACAAACGAAGCAGCAGCCUUGGCAGUAACCGCAGCCGGACUUCAAGUCGUUUACGAUCACCGUCCAAUGAAUCCACCCACCGCAGUGGAGAUGACCAGAGUGGCGGAAGGAGAUUGCAGCACGGAACAUCGAGAGAUGGGCAGAAGUAUAGAAGUAUCAAGUCUAGUGAGCGGAAAUCCCGAAUAGAUCAGCUCAGACGUGGGGAGCCCAGCCGCAGCACCUCUUCAGAUCGUCAAGAUUCGAGGAGUCACAGUUCUAGACGAAGCUCCCCUGAAUCUGAUCGACAAGCUCGCUCCCGGGCUGGAUCCUUUGAGAGUAGAGAAAAGCUUCAAGAGGGUGAACUUGAUCGAGAUCGUGAAAGACGAGAGAGAAGGGAAUGGGAACGGGAUGGGGAACACCGAGACUGGGUUAAAACCAGGGACAGAAAUAGAGACCGGCGAAGAGAGGUCAACAAAGAGCGGGAGAAGCCACCAGCAGAAGUGCCUGAUAAAGACAAGGAGCGAACUCUGGAAGCUGCUUCCACAUUGGAACAGCCCCGAGUAGAGCUAAGACCAGGAAGAGAAUCUGAAAAACAAUUUGAGCAAGUUGAAACUGCAACUGUGUUAAACAAUGAAAGGGAUGUAAAUGACCUGGUGAAAGAACCAGAGAACGAUGAGAACCAAGCCGAUGAACCCGUUGAUGCCGUUGAAGGUGAGCAUGAUGGGAAAGUUGAUGAUGCGCAGUACUCGGUGUCAGGGUCUUGUGAGGAAUAUGAGCCAAUUAGUGAUGAUGAGUUGGAUGAAAUACUGGCAGAUGAUGCAGAAAAAAGAGAAGAGAACCAGGACGAAGAAAAAAUACCAGAUCCCAUGGAUGUGAUUGAUGUCGAUUGGUCCAGCCUGUUGCCCAAGCAGCCUAAAGAGCCAAGGGAGCCUGGAGCUGCUCUGUUAAAGUUCACCCCUGGAGCAAUCCUGUUACGAGCGGGAAUAUCCAAGCGUUUGGCUGGUGCAGAGUUGUUCGCCAAGGUCAAUGAAACUUGUCGGGCUGCUAUGAACAACACCAAAGAUGCAGAAAACCUUUUCGAACAUGAGCUUGGAGCCCUCAACAUGGCUGCUGUACAGAGAAAAGAGGAGAGAGCGAGUUUGCUUAGUAACCUGGGACCCUGCUGUAAAGCACUUUGCUCUCGUAGGGAUCUUGCCAUUCGCAAACAGCUAUUAAGAAAUGAAAGAGGUACAAUAAAGCAGAUAUAUACAAAUCCACCAGUCGUGGACAAUGACCUUCUGAGAUCAAGCCUUCGGUUGUUCAAACGCAAGGCACUAUGUCGGGGUCCUGGACAGGAAAAAAGUGAUGAGACCAAGAUUUCUCGACCAAAGGUUAAACAGGAAGUUUGUGUGACGUAAAAUUUUAGCAACAUCAUGGAUUGAGUUUGAUUUUGGUGAAUCUGUAUAUAAAGAACUGGACCUCACACCUGAAUAAUUGGAAGGAUACUAUGUGCUUAUUUACCAGCCUGACUCAGGACCUGUAAUGGUCAAACUUUAAAGUUCCAGCUUUCAAGAGUGUUUGUUUUAGGAGUUCUGAUCACCUUGUCAGAUACUGUUCUAUGUACUGGACAAGUGAAUGUUUCAUUUUUGCAGUACAGUUUUGAAGUCUUUAAUAAAACCUUGUCAGCUUUGUGCUUUU